GCCUCCGGAUAUCCCCGUAAUUCCACAGCAGGUACACGGCUAGAAGUAGGGACACUAGAGCCUCCAGGAGCAGGAUUAUGGGAGCGCUAACUCGCGAUAUCCCUUCUUCAGCCGCCAUCUGGCGUCGCGCUUGAAAAUUGUUUUUUCGUCAAAUAAUGCGCACCGACCGCGUGACGUAAAGAUUUUGCUCUCUAAUUAUCCGUUAAGACACACUUUUUCGUUGUAAUAUUGAACAGCGAGUGAGCGAACUAUGGAGAAGCUUCGGAAAAGCAAGACGCUGAAGAAGCUAAAGACGCUGUUUGGAGGGUCGAAGCGAACGGGACGUGGUCCCGGCAGACCGCGCUCCCCCGUCUCGUCAAGAUGUGACGUCGUGGAGGGUUACGGGCGACCGAGUGUUGUCCACGCCACUAUCGUCAUCUUUCUGGAGUUCUUUGCCUGGGGUCUCCUCACUUCACCUACCAUUGAGGCGUUAAAGACUGCGUUCCCUACAGGAACAUUCCUAAAGAACGGCAUCAUUCAGGGAAUAAAGGGACUGCUGUCUUUUCUCUCUGCUCCUCUAAUUGGAGCCCUCUCGGACGCCUGGGGAAGAAAGUCAUUUCUACUUCUGUCGGUUUUCAUGACGUGUGCCCCAAUCCCCAUACUUCUCUUCAGUCCAGUAGCUUACUUUGUGGCGGUGGCUAUUUCCGGUGUAUUUGCAGUGACGUUCUCAAUCGUGUUUGCCUAUGUUGCAGACUGUACCAUCGAAGAUGACAGAAGUUCAGCAUACGGCCUGGUAUCGGCAACCUUUGCAGCUAGUCUCGUGAUAAGCCCGGCUCUGGGGACGUGGAUUGAAGACCACACCCACGGACAGGCACAGGUGAUCCUCCUUGCCACCAUGAUCACCAUCUUCAACCUCGUCUUCAUCGUGUUCAUGGUCCCCGAGUCACUGCCGGAGAAAUCUCGCAAGGCCUCGUGGGGUGCCCCCAUCACUUGGGAACAGGCUGACCCUUUUUGCGGCAGCUGAGGAAAGCCCGACGAGACUGGCGUCCUCCCUCACAUCUCUCUUGGUCGGGUUCCUCGCUACCUUCCCCGAGGCGCAGUCGCUCUACUACUGGUGCUUUCUCUCUCCUGCCCACGCUGUCGCUCGCGUCUCUCCUGUCUUCCGUACGCCCCUCUGAGGCUUUCUACACUGGCGUCCUUUAUAGAUGCGGUGUUUAGGUUGCGACAAACAAGACAGCUAGUAAUUGCCAGCAAUUAAAAUUGCCUGAUUUUACGGCAUCUCCCUCCUCCCUCUCCUCUACCAACCAGGUGGUGGGGUUUCUCUCUCGGUCAAGUUGCAAUAUUCAUUGCAGUUCUGUGUGUCACGUCGGUCGUGGCCAGACGGGCUGGACUAAACGCUCUCAUGUCUCUCGUUGGGAACAAAUACUGCAUUAUAGUCGGUCUGUUCUUGGCAGGCCACACACUCGUCAUCUACGGCAUAUCGACCAGUACUUGGUACGUUGACAUGUCCUUCUGAGAGACGCAGACAAACACGAAACACAACAGGCAGACUAUCAAACCAUCAUCUGUGAAAAUGUCAC